ACAAUCUACAACAACUGAAACUUCAGUUUUAUUGCAAAGCGACCAUGAAUUGGGUGAAGGGCUAGAAAUGAAAUUCCACUGUGAAAAAAGCAUCCAAGGGCAACAACUAUAAAUACUGACAAACUUUAUACAUUAAUUGAUGAAAUAAAAAAUAGAUUAUAUAUGGCUAAGCAUAAGCUUGGGAUGGGGAUUACCAGUUGCUGUAGGUGCUUCAUACUUGCGCUUCUUUGGUUCCAAAGCCAAGGGUGCUUAGAAGAAGAAAGAGCAGCUCUUCUCCAAAUCAAAGAUUCCAUGAACAGCUCUGAAUCGUCAGCUUUCUCAAACUGGUAUGUAGAAGAAUGUUGCGAUUGGGAGGGAGUUGAAUGUGACCCUUCUCAUACUCGUAUUCACAAGAUUUUCUUUCCCCACUUGAGAAGUGAUUCCGAACCUUGGUUUCCAAACGCUACUUUGUUUGCUCAGUUCAAAGAUUUGCAAGAGCUUGAACUGCCAGGAAAUCAUAUCGGAGGAUUCAUCUCAAUUCAUGUUUUCAGAAAACUGAAGCAUCUUCGAAAGUUGAAUCUUCGUGACAAUUCUAUAUAAAAUGGCUCCAAUCUCUGUUGGGGCAAAUAUCUUUUGCUUUAUAACUUGGAUUUGUCCGGUAACAAGUUACAAGGCAAUCUUCCAGAAUGCUUGUGUGACAACCUGUUUUUGAAAGAACUGAUUUUUGUUGGGAAGAAAACGAACAACCGAAACAAAGCGAAAGCACAACCGGUGUUCUUUCUCUCCCUAUAACUCUUGUCAAAAAUUAUGGCAAGCACAAUAGCACAAAAUAUGUUCUCUAGGAACCUUAAUCAACCACAAA